CUUCGAGAAAGGCUACCACGGGACAACAGCCAUCGUAGCAUCACAACGGAGAUACACGAUGAACAAGGCCUGGCGGUGGGCUUUACAAAGCCGCCAACCUUCAUUAGAAAUGUCCACCACCCAGCUUUUGGCUCUGGCUGCUCGCGUAGCCGCAUUCGUCCUCUUGUAAUUCCAACCCUCUGCCGAAUCCUGCUACCAGUAUGGGCAGCGUGAACCCCAUUCUGGAUGUGCCAGUUCUCGUCGUAGGAGGUGGGCCAACCGGACUUCUGUCUGCGUAUAUGCUCUCCAAGCUCGGUGUCAAAUCUCUUCUCAUCGAAAAGUAUCCAGAGCGACUUGCCGCUCCCAAGGCUCACGCCUUGAGCCCUCGUAGUUUGGAGAUCUGCAGGCAAUAUGGUCUCAGCACAGAUGCGAUUCGGAAGCAAGGCUCGCCCAGGACCGAUGCGUUCUGGGUGAACUUUGUGACCAACCUGUCUGGAGACCGCAUAGGUGUGCUUCCUUACGAGCGCAUGGAUCCGAAGGUCCUCGACUGCACACCAGAAAUGAUCCACAACAUUCCCCAGCCCGACUUCGAGCAAUUCGUCGCUUGGCACUUGGAGAAAGAUCCCAAUGUUGAGAUCAGAAAGGGUGUUGCUUUUGUUUCAUGUGAUCAGAACGGUGAUUUUGUCACGACGACCGUAGAAGAGCGUGCCACCAAGGAGCAGUGGCAGGUCGUUUCCAGGCACGUCGUUGCUUGUGAUGGUGCCAGGAGCCAGGUCAGAAAGUUCCUGAGAAUCGAGUCCGAGGGAGAAGAUGGAUACGAGACUAUGAUGACGAUCCAUUUUAAGGGCGACCUUCGUCCAGUAGUCAAAGACCGACUAGGAAUGUUGCAUUGGAUCACCGAUCCUGCUUGCUCUGGAUUCAUCAUCGCCUAUGAUCUCGGCGGUAAUCAGGUCCUGAUCAGCAACUUCGAUUCCAACAAACACCCUGCAGAAACCUGGACGGAGGAUCUUGCCAGGGCGACAGUAUCAGCAGCCAUCGGACAGGAUAUUCCCUUCGAGGUGCUGAGCUAUCGACCAUGGCUCCUCAGUAGGAAGGUGGCUAAACAUUAUCGCCAGAAGAGCGUGUUUCUUGUCGGCGAUGCCGCCCACUCCUUCCCACCGACAGGGGGUCUUGGGCUCAACUCUGGCCUUGCAGAUGCUCACAAUCUUGCUUACAAGAUUGCGGCUGUGCACCAAGGAUGGGCAAAAGACGGUCUACUAGAUUCUUACGAUGCCGAAAGGCGGCAGAUUGCACUCGUAGCCUCGGCCCAGAGCGUCAAGAACGGAAAGAAGAUAUUCUCGUUCCUAAAGGCCCUCGGCACUGCCGACAUCUCUGACUUGGAGGAGGCUCGUGCAAAUUUGCUACGAUCGAUCCAUGAUCCAGCCAAACAAGACGAAAUUCAAAGCGAAAUUGAAAAUCAGCGUGAGCACUUUGACAAUCUAGAAAUUCACAUUGGAUAUGUCUACGGCAGUAAGGAGGUGCCACAGAAUGCCUCCCAUUUUACACCCAAAUUCAAAGUUGGCGCGAGACUCCCACAUGCUUGGAUUUGGCCCAAGUCUAGCAAACUUACCGAGGCUAUAGAGCCUCUCGAUGUCUCGUAUAUUAAAGAGCUAUCUCAAGAAGAGGUUGACGCUCGUCGAUACUCGACUCUGGAUCUUAUUGAAGUUGGGUCAUUCACACUACUAGUGAACUCACGGGCAGCUUGGGAAGAUCGGCACCACGAGGCCUCUCUAUCCCUGGACAACCAAGGCAUCAAGGUCCGCCUCGUUGCUGCCGACUCAGACUUCAUAUUUGUAGAUCAGAGCCAGUUUGACCUGUAUAAUAAGGGCAUCGGAUUCUGUAACGGCGGUGCUCUGUUGGUACGACCUGAUCAGCAUAUUGUCGGCUGCCUUGGGGCCAAUACGACAUCUGCAGAUAUCAAAAGGCUUGUCAAAUCGCAUUUAUAUCUAUGAUAAAAUAAUAGAUAGCGCAGAUUAAAAUUAAUCCUACAACCAAACCUUAAAGUAAAACAUCUAUUGUCUAGCUGUACGAACGGAGAUGAGGGGCAACCCUAAAC